CUCGUCGUGCUCGGUAGUCUCAGCUUCUCUCCCGCGCAGAAACAUGUAUCUUGUGCAUUCUUCUAACGAGAAAAAGCCGAAUACAGUAAAAUAGUACUGACUUUAUCUAAUGAAAUAAUUAAAAUUCAAGACGUGCAAUCAUCAAUAUUAAUAGUCAUAUAGUGCUAAAAUCAAAUCGACAUUUCGAGAUUUUGCUGAGAAACAAAAUGAGAUAACAUAAUUUUAUUAUAUUUUGCACUUAACACAUUUUAUUGAAAUUAAUAGAAAAGCAAACGUGUGCAUAAAUUUAAUGUGACUUGUUUUAAUUAAUGCGAAUGUAAAACUUACAUGAAAAAUUAUAUGAACACUAAAUUUGAUUAUCUAAUUAUUCUAAACUAUAUUCUUAUGUGAAAUAAUGAGUGGAAAAAAGUUUGCAAUUGUGUGUUCCGUGCUUCUCCUCGUUAUUUCGUUAUCGAAAUCGCAGCAAAGUUUUACCAACAGAAAUGAUAAUUUGACGAUACGAUACGAGAUAAAUACGGAUUCUACAACAAAUUAUAACGACAAAAUAAUAACACUGCGAUAUGAUUUGCAUAAAAAUUUGAUAAAUAAUACACAAAAUGACAAAAUGCAGCAUGAAUUUCAUAUGAAUAAACGCGAGGAUAAUGAUUUGAUUCAACUUAAACUGAACAAGCAUUCACUGCAGAAUAACGGUGAUGAGCAAAAAUCACAGAGCACGAAUUCGACAUAUGUCAAUCAUAAAAAGAAUUUCACGGCUCAGAAAGUUUAUGAAAAUGUAAUUGAACAAAAUGAUUCUAUGUCACUUGAAGUCUUCAAAAAUUCCAGCAAAGAUGCUAAUGAAACUAACAUUGUCCCAAACGAAAUGUGUCAUAAUGAUACUUGCAUUCGACUCUGCUGUUCUCUUGGCGAUCGUCUGGUUGAUGGCAACUGCAUUUUUGAAGAAAUUGAAUACAUUUUUCCAAAAGUAUACACGAACGAUUCGACGCAGAGCGAAAAGAAAGUGAACGAAUUGUUUCAGCUGACCAUUUAUGAUUCGUGCCAGGAUAAUCACGUUCUGCUUCCCGAAGGUUUUCAGUACGAUUAUAAGAUUUUUACCAACGGUUCUACAUAUUUACCUUAUUAUGAAAUACUUGUUGAAUCGACAUCAUAUUGUCUCGCCGUCGUCGACGAGAAUGAGUUCGAAGUAACCAUCUGUUCCAAAACUUAUCAUGACAAGAUCAAGGAGAUAACUGAUAAUGAGCCCUUGAUUUAUAACAUACAAAUUAAAUAUCUGAGUUUCCAAAUAGUAUCUAUAUUACUUUUGGGGUCAGUAUUUCUGGUGUAUUCCAUAUUGCCAGAACUCCGAAAUGUACACGGCUUUAUGUUGCGCAAUUACAGCGGUGCCCUGACUGUUGCAUACAGCAUUAACAUUGUGAAUAUUAUGAUCAGAACGGGUGAUAUACCGUAUUCUGUUUGCGUUACAAUAGCUUUCUUAAAUUACUUUUGUUUCUUGGCGGGUUUCUUUUGGCUAAUUAUGAUAAGCUUUGAUAUGUGGUGCACAUUCAGAGGAUUCUGUUCGUUACAAAAAAACGUCAAACAACGAGAAAAAAGAAAGUUGAUUUAUUAUACAAUCUUUGCGUGGGGAUGUCCCUUUAUGUUUGCUGUUUUCUGUGUCAGCAUGGAUUUUCUUUCCGAGUAUGUACCAUCGAUUUUGCGACCGGAAUUUCAUUUAGGAGAUUGCUGGUUCCAUGGAAGAGAUGCGUUUAUGUUGUAUUAUUACGGGCUCAAAAGUGUCUGCAUUAUUAGUAGCGUUUGCUUAUCCAUUUCUACGGCACAGAAAAUUAAACGUUACAAAAAGGAUACGGAUGUUCGUCUGACAGAUUCGGAAAGCAAACGGUUUAAUUUGUAUCUGAAGCUACUUAUUAUGCUGUUUGUCGUGAUGGGUAUAAAAUGGUCCGUGAUGACAACGUUCGAAAUAUUUAAAAAUGUAUCAAUUUUCCAUAUUAUAUGGUAUGUUGUUAAUUUGCUGGACAUUAUGCAGAGUCUAUUCGUCUUUAUCGUAUUUGUGUGUAAAAAAAGAAUCAAGCGCAUGUUAUUCAAGCGAUUCGGUUUCGGUUUGUCGCCAAAUGCUUGACACGGAUCGAAUGCAACAUUUUCGAGCAUUCUUAUGUCAAAAGAAAUAGUCAUGCAAGAGAAAAUGAGUUCUUCAAUGUUUAAAAAACAAUCAAGAAUAUUUUUAUUUUGCUGCUGGAUUGGUCGAUCUAUCGUCAGUAGUAGUUUCAAUGAUUUUUUUUAUUUUUUUUGUAUAUAGUAUGUAAAAGCUAUAUGUGUAUAGUCCUAUAUAGUAUAGUUACUUACGAGGUACUAUACCUCGUCAGUGAUACCAGCAAUAUGCACCAACUUCGAAAUAUGAUCUUAAGUUUUUUGGUAUAUACUCGGAAACAUAAUCCAUGACGAUUUGCUUUCAUAUAA